AUGGAUCAGUGCAAUCAAGUUUCCAAAUCUGUUUGUAUUCUCAAUAUCGACGCCGGUUUUGCAUCGGGAAUACAUGAGGUCUUAUGGUGUCUAUUGUCAGCCUAUUAUAGCUAUCAAACAGUUAUAUUGAUUCCCGAGUGGUCUAAAUAUUUCAAAGGCGGUGAGCACUGGAAUGAUAUCUUCAUGCCAUUGAGUACUUCAUGUGAUUACAAAGAUUUACCAAAAGAUCAACUCAUAGCUCCUGAACGACCCAAUACUGUAAUCGACAGAAAACUUGCUAAUAAACUGCCGAAAGAAUUUGGCACUGAUUUGAUGUCUCUGGUGGACAGUCCUAACUCAUGGUUUCACUCGCAGUUUAUAGGAUACAUACUACGACCGCAACCAAGACUUCAAAAUUAUAUCAAAAGGUUUAAGAAACAAAUUAAUUACAGACACCCUAUUGUAGGCAUUCAUGUGCGACGGACUGAUAAACUCGUUUACAACGAGGCCCUGUAUUAUCCUAUUUCCGAUUAUAUGGUUUCAGUGAAAGACUAUUUCGAUAAACUAGAGCUCACACGACAAGUGUCUCAGAGAUUGGUUUAUGUGGCUUCCGAUGACCCGUCAGUUUUGCCUCAAUUUGCAAAACAGUAUCCAAACUAUGAGUUCAUAGGAAGCACUUCCAUCUCGAAGACAGCAUUCAGUCAAACCACGAGAUAUUCAAAUGAAUCCCUUUGGGGAGUACUCGCGGAUAUAUUCCUGUUAUCGGAAACCGAUUAUAUNCUUUGGGGAGUACUCGCGGAUAUAUUCCUGUUAUCGGAAACCGAUUAUAUUGUUUGUACCUUCAGUUCAGCCAUAUGCCGACUUUCCUAUGAAUUAAUGCGAUACAAACAAUUGGACGCCUCAUUGCAAUACCGAUCCCUAGACGUGCCCUUUCAUUAUGACUUUGCAUUGACUCCCAUCCGGACAGCUGUUUACAACCAUCGGUCAAAAACUGAAGAUCAAUGGGAUCUAAGAAUCGGUGAUCACUUGCAUGAGAGACUCAAUGUAAACCGUCCAGGGUGGUCUGAAUGGUUUGAUCAAUCAAUUAACGGCAGGGGUUGGGACUCCUAUUUCUAUGCCUCCAAUUCAUCGACACAAAAUGUUCAACAGUUAUAUCAAAAAAUCUGA